GGCACACGGCGCCGCAGGCCCUGGGGAGGGGUUCCGGGGUCCGGGCCGGACCACCGGGCCUGGGGCUCCCGCGAAUGGGGCGCGGGGUCCGCCGGGGCCUACUGCGCCCGUCGGCCGGGCCCCCACUCCGAGCCGAAGCCGAGCGCUGGCGGAACGGUUGUCCCCGCGCCGGGGCCGCCCCACGCCAAGUUCUUUGGGCCCUCCGGGGCUUCCUGCCCCCGCCCCAGCCGCUGUCCCCUCCUUCUGGGUGCCCCCCAACCCGCGGCUCCUUUCUCUGCCUGGCGCUCGGCCUGUAGGUCCCUCUCCAUCUCCCCCGCAGCGGCCUGGUGGCACCUGGGAGGUGUCCGGCUUCGAAUCCGCAUACACCGACACCCACUACGUGCCCAGCUUCCCGGGGUCGGCGCGGAAGGGAAUAUAGAGCCACGCACUUCAACAAGCCCUGUUGAGGCGUUAGUCUGUCUUCACAGCAAGCCUGUGGGAUGGGUACUGGUGUUAAUCUCUGUCAUACAAAAGAAAAACCCGGGGCCUAGAGAACUUAACUUGCCCAGGCUUACCCAGCUGGAAAGUGUGAAAAGACACACAGUGGCUGUGUGUUCAAGGACCAGGCAGACAGAUUUCUCCGUGGACAAUGGCAGCCACGAUUCAGGCCAUGGAGAGGAAGAUUGAAUCGCAGGCUGCUCGCCUGCUUUCCCUAGAAGGUCGAACCGGGAUGGCCGAGAAGAAGCUGGCUGAUUGCGAGAAGACAGCCGUGGAGUUCGGGAACCAGCUGGAGGGCAAGUGGGCCGUGCUGGGGACCCUGCUGCAAGAGUACGGGCUGCUGCAGAGGCGGCUGGAGAACGUGGAGAACCUGCUGCGCAACAGGAACUUCUGGAUCCUGCGGCUGCCCCCGGGCAGCAAGGGGGAGUCCCCUAAGGUGCCCGUGACCUUUGAUGAUGUGGCCGUGUAUUUCUCCGAGCAGGAGUGGGGCAAGCUGGAGGACUGGCAGAAGGAGCUCUACAAGCACGUGAUGAGGGGCAACUACGAGACGCUGGUCUCCCUGGACUACGCCAUCUCCAAGCCCGAGGUCCUCUCCCAGAUUGAACAAGGGAAGGAGCCCUGCAACUGGCGCCGCCCUGGCCCCAAGAUUCCAGAUGUUCCUGUGGACCCCAGUCCAGGCUCGGGGCCCCCAGUUCCCGCCCCAGACCUCUUGAUGCAGAUCAAGCAGGAGGGUGAGCUCCAGCUCCAGGAGCAGCAGGCCCUGGGCGUGGAGGCGUGGGCAGCCGGGCAGCCAGAUAUCGGGGAGGAGCCCUGGGGCCUCAGCCAGCUGGAUUCCGGAGCAGGAGACAUCUCCACAGAUGCCACCUCUGGUGUCCAUUCCAACUUUUCCACCACCAUCCCGCCCACCUCCUGGCAAGCGGAUCUCCCUCCCCACCAUCCCUCUUCAGCAUGCUCGGAUGGGACCCUGAAGCUCAACACAGCAGCCUCCACGGAAGCAGAUGUAAAAAUUGUAAUAAAAACAGAAGUCCAGGAAGAGGAGGUGGUGGCCACACCCGUACAUCCUACUGACCUAGAGGCUCACGGGACCCUGUUUGGACCAGGCCAAGCCACACGGUUUUUCCCUAGUCCUGCCCAGGAAGGAGCCUGGGAAAGCCAGGGCAGCUCCUUCCCCAGCCAGGACCCUGUGCUGGGGCUGCGAGAGCCCGCCCGGCCUGAGAGGGACAUGGGUGAGCUCAGUCCUGCUGUGGCCCAGGAGGAGACCCCUCCUGGGGACUGGCUCUUCGGAGGGGUCCGGUGGGGCUGGAAUUUCCGGUGUAAACCGCCAGUGGGCCUGAACCCGAGGACGGGGCCCGAGGGGCUUCCUUACUCCUCCCCGGACAACGGAGAGGCCAUCUUGGACCCCAGCCAGGCCCCAAGGCCCUUCAACGAACCCUGUAAAUACCCUGGCCGGACCAAAGGCUUUGGCCACAAGCCAGGGCUGAAGAAGCACCCCGCGGCGCCCCCCGGGGGCCGGCCUUUCACCUGCGCCACGUGUGGGAAGAGCUUCCAGCUGCAAGUCAGCCUGAGCGCGCACCAGCGCAGCUGUGGGGCGCCCGACGGGUCGGGCCCGGGCACAGGCGGUGGCGGCAGCGGCAGCGGCAGCGGCGGCGGCGGUGGCGGCAGCGGUGGGGGCAGCGCACGGGAUGGCAGCGCCCUUCGGUGUGGGGAGUGCGGCCGUUGCUUCACGCGCCCCGCGCACCUCAUCCGCCAUCGCAUGCUGCACACGGGCGAGCGGCCCUUCCCCUGCACCGAGUGUGAGAAGCGCUUCACCGAACGCUCCAAGCUCAUCGACCACUACCGAACGCACACGGGCGUGCGGCCCUUCACCUGCACCGUCUGCGGCAAAAGCUUCAUCCGCAAGGACCACCUCCGCAAGCACCAGCGCAACCAUGCAGCGGGCGCCAAGACCCCGGCCCGAGGCCAGCCACUCCCGACGCCGCCCGCACCUCCUGAUCCCUUCAAGAGCCCCGCCUCCAAAGGACCUUUGGCCUCCACAGACCUUGUGACCGACUGGACUUGUGGCCUCAGCGUCCUGGGACCCACCGAUGGCGGGGACAUGUGAGCGCCUCCAGCCCCAUAGACCCUGCCGGCCGCACGUGUAAAAAGCCCCGUGUGCAGGCAGCAGGGCGGCGUGGAAGCUUCAGGCAGACGCGGGACGGGGAGAACCAAAUGUCCAAGUUGCUGAACUGAUGAUCACUGGAGAAGGAGAAACUAUCCACCAGGACAGCUGCCACCUCUAAACCAAGUAGAAUUCUCUGUGAAAUGGGAGCGCCGUAGAAUUUUAAGUAAUUUAAUUGCAAACCUGUUUUGUUUUUUGUUUUUUGUUUUUUUUUAAUUCUUGAGGAAAAAGCUGGAAAAUAGUAAUAGGGCCAUUUAAAUUUUGUAGAUACUUUUGGUUUUCAGGGCGUGCAUUUCUGUCACUAUCUCACUGAGUCUGAUAGUGUGUUGGAAGGUUGACCAGUUGGGGACCCCUGGCCCACUGACUCCUGGGGAUGGGGUCCUGUGUGUGCCCCUGCUCUGCCCAGUUGGGCUGAGUGGGCCUAGCGCGCCAAGCCCCUGGGCAGUGAGGGCCAUUGGGUCCCUUGGAGCACACCUCAGCGCAGCAGGAAGGAUCCCUCCGGGAGUAGCGGUUGCAUUUCCCAGCUUGCCUCUCCUGAAAAGGCCCCCCAAAAGUGCUGGCCCCAACUUUUCUCUAUUUUGGGCCAUCUGUGGUACCCGUCCCAAGGGCACUUGGUGGUGUCCCCUAGUGUGUGACUCCCUGGCCUCAUAAGGACAAGUUGUCUGAAAUCCCAGCGUUAGGUCUGGAGAGAUGGAGAAGCUGAAACUGGGGAGCUGCACCACAAACGUCUAGCUCUCAGCAGAGCUGGGAGCAAAGCCUGGCCGCCCACCCCAACCUGGGGCUGCCUCCCACUCCGUGAGAUGCUUCUGUCUCCUGUUCACUUUGUGUGGUAGUUUCUUAUUUUCAAAAUGCAUCUCAUUUGAUCAUUACUGUGACCUUGGGAAGCAGCAGGACAGGGAUUUCUUUUUAGAGGUGCAAACUGCUCAGAGGGGACACACCUCAGCCUCUCACUGUGGGUACACGUGGCGUGCCAUGAGUGGGGAAGAGCAACAGGUGAGAUGCCUCAGUCUACUGGAACAUCAUUGUGGGGGAGCAGAGAUUUCCAGGUUUUCCCUCUUAAAAUAUUUGUCCCACACCGACAAGAGUCCAGUCACCAGGCCUCAAAGGAACUUCUGCUUGUAGCAGCCGCCUCCCCUGUGCCCCAGCCUCCUUAAUGUGUGCACUCUCAGAGGGCACAGCUUGCGAGGCUGGGUUUGGGGGCCAAGUGGCUUGUUCAUUCCAGCAUCUAACAUCAUAAAGGUGGGCCCAGAUUUCUUGAUUCGACCACAGUGCUGUUCCUACCACACAAAUAUCCAUUCCUGUUUUGUUGAAGCAGCCACUGGUCCUCUUGUUUCCCCUGCAGACGGAGGGACCUGGCAGUGCCCAUUCAUUCAGCCCCCUCAUGCAUACUUUUAUUAGGCGAUAGACUAGUUAAGAAAAUUGUUUCUAUGUACUGUAUAUUUUGUACCUGUUUACACUUCUAAUAUUGAUAUAACUGAUAUUUUGAAAAAUCAGAGAAAACAUCCUGUUAAAAUAAAACCUAACCAGCACCAA